AUGUUGCUUGUUGUGUUUGCAGGUGGCGGGAGCAGCGUGAGCGUGUCGGCGUGCGAGCACCGCUACGCCGCCACCAGCGGAGCUCCUCCCCCGUACUCCAGACUGCCCCCCGACGGCCAUGAGUUCCCCAGCAGCUACGCCGAGGGUCUCCCUGACAAGCUGUCCCGCUUCGCCCGCUACUCCCGCCUCGCCAUGGACUUAGACAGUCCUCCGACCCCCGCCGCCCCGACCCCCCGCACCCGCUCCGCCCCCGGCACGCCCCUGGGACCGCCCCCGCCCAUCCCCCGCACCUCCCAGCAGAACUCCAAGAGCUACACGAGCGAGAGGACGCUGGAGGUGGGCGGGAACAAAUGGGCGGGAGAGGAGAGGAGGUCGCGGGAGCCCACGCCCACCAGAGGGCGCUGGCGGAGACAAGAUGAACGCAGCGAGAAGAGCGUGAGAGACAAGAUCGCCAUGUUCUCCACCGAUGGGCCUGAUCAGCCUCAUCCCAAGACCAGGAAGUUAGACAAAGUCGAGGGCGAUGAGACCACCAUGAAGCGCGCCUUCACGGAGGAUGACGUCAGGCUGGAACAUUCCAGUAGCAGUUCCAGCGCCAACUGCGGCCGCGAGGUUCACAAUGGCUCGCGGUCGCUCAGCAAGACCUCCGCCUUCAGCUCUAUGAUCAACGUCAGCACCGCGGAGACCAAGGACAGCAUCAAGCCCAUGUCGACGGCCUCCAGUGAGGUCGACAUCAGGCAGGAUAUCCCACCGGCGCCACGUCGACACGAGCUGAGGGAGGAAAAACGGGCGGAGGACGAUACCGCCACCACAGGCCUUCACGGUCGAUCACAGAGCCUGAUCGACAUAGGGCGAUCGACACUCACCAAACGCCACAGCGUCGGCGCCUAUGAUCGACCCUCAGUGUACCAGUAUGGGAUCGAGAAGCCGGAGGAGCGGGAGCGCAGGACCUCGCUCACCAACCUCAUUGAGCAGAGACGAAAGAGCUUCGGCUGUAAGCUCCGUGGCUUGGUGAUCCCCGAGAGCCGGAGCAGCGACGGGGGCGACAAGACCGCCAUCGACCUCCCGCGCAUCGCCAGCGUGCCGCCCUCCACGGCGGCCAAGACCAUGUCACUCCCGCGGGAGGGCCAGCGCUCUCCGAGGCUCUACAAAGCAGACUCCAUCUCCAGCAUCGACUCCUGCGAAUCCAACACCAGCAGACACAGCUCCCUCAACGCCCCGCCGUGGAAAAACCACAAUACAAGUACCUUGCCCAAGUACUCGCCGGCGUUCAAGAGGAAGAACAUGAGCGUGUUCAACAAGUGCGACAACUUGCCACCGCCCAGCGGACGGACGCACGGCACCCGCAGCGCCUCGCCCACUAGCGACUCCUCCCACGCCUCUCCCAUCCCGCCGGCGCACUCGCCCACCAAGAGCAUGGAGGGCUUCACAACGCAAGGGUCCGAACACAGCUUCGAAUUCUCAGACAGUAGAUACAGCAACGAUCGACACAGCUACAGCAAACUGCCUCUGUCGCAGAAGAGUUCUUUAGAUUCGCGGCUCAGCAGAGCUGAGGAUAGCGACAAUGACUCAGCAGUCAGUUCCACUCAGUCAAGCUUCUCCCAAGGUAUGUCUCCUCCGUCUUCCCCUAUGCCGGAGCAAGAUGAUCACGAUGACUGUCGAUCCAGAACCUACAGGUCGCAGAGCUCCAUAGACGAACAGGAAGCCGCUAGAAGAGUACUGAAACGCGGCAGCAUCGAAGCCGAGAAUAGAAGAAACGUCCUCAAUUCGGCAAGGGUCAGCUCAGGAAGGAGCAGUGACGAACAGCAAACUCCUGAGAUCAUCCGAAAAUACUCCACCUCUGAGAGGAGCGAAGAAUCUGACAGGUUCCCAAAUCGCCUGGACACGGAACUGCGUGACGGACCAAAAGUGACAGGACUUCGCCGGCAGCCAUCCACAUCAUCCACGUCAUCCUCCGAGUCGUCGCGUAGAUCUUCUCACGACUCGUCCAGGCGUAAUUCCAGAGAUUCUGUCAUCCACGUCGCCAAGUACGACGAGGCGAAAGUGUCGGCGGAACCUGUAUACUUUGACCAGGAAGGAGAAAUGUACAAGGAAGCGCAGCUGAAAGUAGCGUAUCUAAAUGAAAUUGUGGAUGACUUUGAGCAGCUUAACGAACCAGCAAAUGAAGAAGUGAUCGCAGAAGUUCCCAUGUCCCCAUCAAGAAGAGUGGUGGAAAACUCAGACUCAACGGAAACGAUCACAUCGACCACAUCAAGCUUCCCCACACGACGAUCGGAGAGGUGGGCUGCGCUCGAGAUGAAAUACGGCUCAUCUAAUCCAGGCGGUGACACAGAGACAAAACUGCAGAGGUUAAGAAGAGCUUCGGACUCGACGUCACCGGACAGAACGAAGAAAAAAUCAGGAGGCUUCCGCGCCCUGGCUGAGAAGUGGCAGCAGCGAGCUGAGGAAGACACGUCAGCCUUAUCUCAGCCUCAGCUCACCCGCAAGGAGAGUACUACAAGGCUAGACGCUCCCCCUCGGCAUUAUGAUGAACGAUCAUCAGGUGCAUCCACGUUGGAGAGACCAACUCGUCCCUCUAGACUCUAUGACGACCCAACAGAGAUCGACGGUAAUCGACCUACCCGCCCCACCUGUCUAUACAGUGAGUCCGCUCAAUCGCCGAUGAACAGCAGGUGCGAAGGCCGCGCCGAAAUCCUUGACAUACCUCGAGCGGAAGUUCCAGACCGUAAAUUAUCGAUGCCGGAGUACGGCAGCGGAGGCAUCAAGAUGCGCGACCGACGCGACGGUAGCGUGGGAGGCGCACCUUCACGCCCCACCAGCCUGAUCGAGGGCGGCGACGCGGGGGUAAUGGACUCUCACUACCUCAGUGCCGGGGCUUCGCUCAGUCCCGCUGCUUCUACGGACUCCCGCGAUGACCUCUGCUCCACCCCUGAGGCCUCGCUCUCACGCACUGCCAGCAAAGAGGUCCUCGACGCCUUCUCCCGACCCCGCGCCUCCAUCGGCGCGUCAUUACCUCGCAUGGGCGCCUCCAACACGCCUAAAAUGGCGGAUAUAAUGCGGGCAUUCGAGCGCCACGACUUGAAUAAGCGAGGUACACAGGGCUACGGUUCAUCACACCCACGCAUGUCAUCUAUAGAUUCAACGGCGAGUGACGACGGCUGUAUGGGGGCCCACUACGGUUCUGUUACCUCGCUAGCCUCCGGCCAGCGAGAUCAGUACGGCUCCAUCACCUCCUUAGCCUCGUCCACCUCCCUCAUAUCUCCACAGGAGUUGGCUCAGCUCAUCGAGGAAGCUAAUCAGUCGCUUGAAGAGUCGGGUACUCCCUCCCACGAGAUCCUGGUAGUGGUCUUGCACCGGGAGAUCGUCGGUCAUGGCUCCAUCGGCAUCACCCUUGCCGGAGGCGCCGACUACGAGGCCAAGGAGAUAACAGUACAUAAGGUAAUUCCUGGAAGUUUGGCUGAUCGUGAUGGACGCAUCCAGCGUGGUGACAGAGUUCUCUCCAUCAAUGGCAAAAACUUGCGCGGCGUUACACAUAGAGAAGCACUCACCAUACUUAAGUCGCCAAGACCAGAGGUUGUGCUAGUCCUGUCCAGAAGUCGAUCAGUCACGCCACAGGAGUCUAGUGGAGCCGAGUCAGAGGGCAGCUUUGUCCACCGGCCUGCUCUCAUUAACCAUAUCACUUCUCCCAGACCUCCCAAAAUUCUGGAGUCACCAAUGGACAGCAAGAGUCUUAUCUCUGAUGCUGCAGCAAUGUCAGUUCCCAGAGGCCCUCCACUCACUAUUACAUUAAUGAAAGAUGGUGCUGGUCUUGGCUUCUCACUAGAGGGCGGCAAGGAUUCUCCUCUUGGUGACCGUCCCCUCACUGUCAAAAAGAUAUUUAGUGGUGGUGCAGCUGAUAAGGGUGGCAUACUGAAGGUUGGGGAUGAAUUAGUGAGUGUUAACACAGUGGAUGUAACUGGUAUGGCACGUAUUGAAGCCUGGAACUUUUUAAAGAAGCUCCCAGACGGUACAGUGUCUCUGGUGUUACGACAAAAGCUAGAAGAUCCAUCAGCAAAGAGUGAAGAAUGAAUAGAAGUUAAAUUAUACCAGUGAAUUUGAUUAAUAAUUUGGUGAAACAAUUAGGAAUUAAUUACCUGGUUUGAUCUUUCAAUUAUAUUUAGCAGUAAUCACUGUGGCUUCACUCUUUUGGAAACAUUCGGUGAGAAAUAAUAGGAUCUUUUUCAUUGGUGAUCCUUUACCUUGUCCAUAUUUAUACCAAGCCACAAAGUGGUCAACCAUAUAAUUUCAGACAGCAACACUUAAUUUCAAAGUUGCAAUUUACUAAUUCUCAAUUUUGUAUCUCCUAUUAUUCUAUCUUCUGCUACAUAUUUUUUGUCCUACAAAGGACCCUGUUAGUACUUGAAAAAUCCUUAUCAUCUUUUAGUGGAAGGAAUAAUGAUCAAGCUGACACAGAAUUUCUCUGCAAGCUUUCACAACUGUGUUGCUGGACUUCUUAUGUAUGUGGUAGUAACCCACAAGUGUUAGUUCAGAAAUAUUCAGCAUUUUAUAUCAUUAUUCCAAUACAGAAAAAUGCAAAAUAUAUAUUACUGGAUAAAUUAAAUGCAUUAGUCUUUUAUGGGAUUCAUGUAACACUAAGAUCUAUCACGAUUUUAGGGUCAGUUCUGUAACGUUAAUUGAAACCAGUAGACAGUAAUUCAACCAUAGCAAGCAAGCUUGUUUUGUAUACAGUACUAUUAUUUCACAAUACAAUGUGAGCAAACCAAGUUCAACGUUAAAAUGUUAAACGGUGCUACAGUGUCUUCCUGGCUUGGCACCUCCUUUUAAUAAUUACUUGAAACGUUGAAUAUAUGCAUUAAUUAAUAUCAGAAUGUAAGAGGUAUAUUAUGUAACAGUGCAAAUUGAGAAAUUAAUUUUGCAUUAUGUUGCUAUGCAGGUAUAUGAGAAUGUUAGCAUAUUGUGUAGCUUUUGCAGUUUUCUUCAUGAAUAUGCAAAAUUUUGCACAAGGAUAAAUUUUUAUUAAAUAUAUAUAUAUACUGUAUAUGUAUAAUAUUGCAUACUCUGUGCUAAUCAGUUUGUAUAAUUGGUAGGUAAAUGGACAGCAACAAAAAUCCAUAGUGGGUAUUUGUAUUUUUAAUCAUUGUUGCCAAAACUCGUUGAUUUUAAUCUCCCAUAUAUUUCUACGCAUUUUCCUUCUGCCAUUUGAACCAAGACUUCAUUGGGAGACUCAGAAGCUUAAGUAAGGUCUUUCAUUAUAAGAGUAAGUGUUCUACUUUGAACUAGAUCCUAAUUUAUAUUCUUAUUACAUUUGAUAAAACUUUACAUUAAGUAACCAUCAGCUUGAUUGUAUAUAUAAGUAGCAUUUCAAUGUGAAAUGUUACUUUUUGUAUUAUAUUUUUCUUAUACUGAAUCAUAAUGCAACAUUUUGUUGAUUCAAGAUUUUAUUUAUAAUAAAAUAGGAUCAUCGAGUGAUUAUGCUACAUUUAAAAUGAAACCUUUGCUGUUUGCUGUCAAGUUUGUCUUGACAUUUCUAUAAUAAAGGAACUGGUGGAGGCUAGUAGCCAACAGUGGCCUUAGUUGGGAGAGUGGUGCUAGGGGCUGUGGCGGGGUGAUGGUACAGCCUUUCCUGGGACUCUCAAAACCCACAUGUACUUCUCACCUGAAUUGUGAGUUGUGAUAACAGAGCUUGUGAGUGGGGCCCCUAGGAGCUGGUGCCUGCUGUAUCUGCCAACCCUCAACUGUGAUAGGUGCAUUUGUUUAUGCUGAUUGAUGCAAUUGACUGAUACUGUUGCAUAAGAUAAAGGAUUGCAUUAUCUUCUUACAGAUACUUUAUUUUAUACAGUACAGUAUAGCAAGUGUCAAUUUUAUUUGCAUCCUCGAAUGUCACCAUAUUCUUUUCGACUGCUUAGUGUAAUCUAAAUCUUGUAUACUAUAAUUAUACCUAUCUCAUUGAGCUGCUCAUAUAGAACUUCAGUUCAUUGAGUAUUAACUGCAUUCAUAUUUAUUUGGCUCAAUUUUUUUUAUUUUUCCAUUUCAAAUUAUAAUGGUUUCAGUUAUUGGAAUGAGAUGUCUUGCAGCUUUUCUGUAGUUUUUAUUUUUAUAUUUUUUUAAACAUUGUCAACUUAAAAGCAGCAUUAAAACCUUUAUUGUAUGAUAACCUUGCAUUGACAUUGAAACUUAUAGUGAGAAUGUUGAUGAAAGGGGGUAAAUUGUUUUAGCAAAAUGUUUCUCCCUAUGUUUCAAGUAUCAUUUUGUAGACUACAGUAGUAAGCUUGCAGCAGCUGCCAUGAUGCAUUUUAAGAAUCAAUGCAUUUCAGUCAUUAGAAUGAAUGAAUAAAUGAAUUAUAAAGUUUAGGCCCAUGCUGAGGUGCUGGAAUCCGAAGAUUAUUCGGCACCGUUUCAGCAAAUUCUCUGUACUAUAUUGUAAAUAUUUUUAUGAAUGAAUCAUGUAUUACAUAUUAUAAAUUGCUCUUUAUGUGAGAUUACAAUAUAUAAAUUUGUGUAGGUAUCCCAGUAAGUUGUGCUUAGUAAACAUAAUGUAUACCAUUAUAUUUAUAUGGUUGCUAAUUCUGCACUGCCCAUUACAGACUUUGGGUAGAUUAGUAUAUCAUGAAAUGCAGUAACAGUCAAUUCAUUCAUUAAAAGUGGUAUUAAUUGCUUUGUUGUGGGUGGUCUUGCUGUAAUGGGUAUAUAUUUUUGUAUCCAUUGUUAUUGUGCUUUAUGUAAAGAAGAGUAUUUGAAAAUGCAUUAUUAUGUACAUAACAUCACACUAAGUAAUGAGCAUAUGUUCGUAGUUUGAGCCUCAGCUUUGUAAGGGAGAGCGGACCAAAUAAAGUAAUGUAUGAUAAAGA